ACAUUAUCCCAACAAUCUCCUGAAACCCAAUCAUCAUUUAGCUUGUUCAACUUUUACGGAUGCUCUUUUUUCAAUUUUAUUGUUUAUUUUCUCCUGGACCCUAUUAUUCGGCGGUACGUUGUUAAUCUUUUAACUAAUGAGAAACGGAAAAUUCGAAUAAGGAGCUUCAGAAUUGUUUUCUA